CCCCCGCCACGGCGCCCACGCCCAGAGCCGUUCGCUGCCCCGGCGCAGUGCUGCAGAGCGCGCUCCUGUCCGCUCCGGCCCGCGCACGCGCGCAGUGACCUGCGCGCUCCCGGGGGGAGGGGGCCGCGGGGGCGUCCCGGGGCCGGAGAGGGAGGAGGCGGCGGCCGCGUCGUCUCCGGCUGGGCUCGCGCUCGCCCACGCGCUCACCCUCCGCCCUGCCGGAGUUCUGCGAAGGGGAAACGCUUUCUCCCGGCAUGCAGCGGGAGGAGGGAUUUAACACCAAGAUGGCGGACGGCCCGGAUGAGUACGAGACCGAAGCGGGCUGCGUGCCCCUACUCCAUCCUGAGGAAAUCAAACCCCAAAGCCAUUAUAACCAUGGGUAUGGUGAACCUUUGGGACGGAAAACUCAUAUUGAUGAUUACAGCACAUGGGACAUUAUCAAGGCUACACAAUAUGGCAUAUAUGAACGCUGCCGAGAAUUGGUGGAAGCAGGUUAUGAUGUACGGCAACCAGACAAAGAAAAUGUUACGCUUCUCCAUUGGGCUGCUAUCAAUAACAGAAUAGAUUUAGUCAAAUACUAUAUUUCGAAAGGUGCUAUUGUGGAUCAACUUGGAGGAGACCUGAAUUCAACCCCUUUGCACUGGGCCACAAGACAAGGCCAUCUAUCCAUGGUUGUACAACUAAUGAAAUAUGGUGCCGAUCCUUCAUUAAUUGAUGGGGAAGGAUGUAGCUGUAUUCAUCUGGCUGCUCAGUUUGGACAUACUUCAAUUGUUGCUUAUCUCAUAGCAAAAGGACAGGAUGUAGAUAUGAUGGAUCAGAAUGGAAUGACACCUUUAAUGUGGGCAGCUUAUAGAACACAUAGUGUGGAUCCAACUAGAUUGCUUUUAACAUUCAAUGUUUCAGUUAACCUUGGUGACAAGUAUCACAAAAACACUGCUCUGCACUGGGCAGUACUAGCAGGGAAUACCACAGUCAUUAGUCUUCUUUUGGAAGCUGGAGCUAACGUCGAUGCCCAGAAUAUUAAGGGUGAAUCAGCACUUGAUUUGGCAAAGCAAAGAAAAAAUGUGUGGAUGAUCAACCAUUUGCAAGAGGCUAGGCAAGCAAAGGGAUAUGACAAUCCAUCUUUCCUUAGAAAGCUAAAAGCUGAUAAGGAAUUUCGGCAGAAAGUAAUGCUAGGAACUCCAUUCCUAGUUAUUUGGCUAGUUGGGUUUAUAGCAGACCUAAAUAUUGAUUCUUGGCUCAUUAAAGGGCUAAUGUAUGGUGGCGUUUGGGCUACAGUACAAUUUCUUUCAAAAUCCUUUUUUGAUCAUUCAAUGCAUAGUGCAUUGCCCCUUGGGAUAUAUUUGGCAACCAAAUUCUGGAUGUAUGUGACAUGGUUCUUCUGGUUUUGGAACGAUCUCAGUUUUUUAUUUAUUCAUCUUCCAUUCCUUGCCAAUAGUGUUGCACUUUUCUACAACUUUGGAAAAUCUUGGAAAUCAGAUCCAGGGAUUAUUAAAGCUACAGAAGAACAAAAGAAAAAGACAAUAGUUGAACUUGCAGAAACAGGAAGUCUGGACCUCAGUAUAUUCUGCAGUACCUGUUUGAUACGGAAACCAGUGAGGUCCAAACACUGUGGUGUGUGCAACCGCUGUAUAGCAAAAUUUGAUCAUCAUUGCCCAUGGGUGGGUAACUGCGUAGGUGCAGGCAACCAUAGGUACUUUAUGGGCUACCUAUUCUUCUUGCUUUUUAUGAUCUGUUGGAUGAUUUAUGGUUGUAUUUCUUACUGGGGACUUCACUGUGAGACCACUUACACCAAGGAUGGAUUUUGGACAUAUAUUACUCAAAUUGCUACAUGUUCACCUUGGAUGUUUUGGAUGUUUCUGAACAGUGUUUUUCAUUUCAUGUGGGUUGCUGUAUUACUCAUGUGUCAGAUGUACCAGAUAUCAUGUUUAGGUAUUACUACAAAUGAACGAAUGAAUGCCAGAAGAUACAAGCACUUUAAAGUCACAACAACAUCUAUUGAAAGCCCAUUCAACCAUGGAUGUAUAAGGAAUAUUAUAGACUUCUUUGAAUUUCGAUGCUGUGGCCUCUUUCGUCCUGUUAUCGUGGACUGGACCAGACAAUAUACAAUAGAAUAUGACCAAAUAUCAGGAUCUGGGUACCAGCUUGUGUAAUAACAUCUUUAUCCUAUGAAGCAUAUUGCUGAGUGGUGCCUGAAAUUUGUAUCUGUCCGUGUCUCUCUCACACUCGAAUCCACAUCCUUGAACAAUAGGCAUGCUAUGUGUAGGGCUAACAGUGAAUUUUACAGUCUUUUUUUCAACACUUUUAUUAACAAAAGUCAACAUGGACAGAGAGCACACUGCCACUUCUGGGAAGAUUAAAGAUCAUAAAAAGGAUUUUAAUUGUUCUUAAUGUGGGAAUUCACUACAUACUCAACUUUUUGGUUUUGUUCUCAUUUCAUGAAAAAAGAAUGAAUUCUGUUGACAGACAUUGUAUACUGAUCAAAAGUUCUGUUCUAACUGAAACUAAGUUUAUGCUAUAUGGCUACAUUUUAUGAUGCAGUCUACUAAGAGAAUUGCAUCUAAUUCCAGAAUUAAAUUGAUUGAGAGCAUUUUGUACAUUUUAAAAUGUACAUGCACAACUGUGAUAAAAUCAUGGUUUUAUUAGGGAUCUACUGUAAUGUAUCUUCAAAGGCACAAGAAAAUAAUGUUCACAAAAAAUGUGCUAUUUUAUCAGCUGUUACAAUGCUGGUAUAUUUCUAGUUCAUUGAAAUAAUUUGUAGUAACCUUGCUCUGAGGUUUUAUGGUCUAAUAAUGAAGCACUUGCAUGAGUAUAGUAAGUUAUAUUUUGUUCAAGUUUAAAAGCCCUACUAAGUGCAUGAUAUACUGCAUAGAAUGUAUACUAGCAGAUAUUAUCCAGUGAAGCAUAAAUUAGAAUUUAAUUUGAUGUGCAAACAGUCCAAUUUUUAAGAGUUGAAGUGAGAUUUGUAAAGGCAAAACAAAUAAGCUAAAGCAAAAUUCUUAGUAAUAGAGGUAAAUGGAUAAACCUUAAAAAUUUUGAGCUGCAAAAUUGUAGAAAAUAACAGUUUAAGCUAAAGAUGGAGCAUGCUCUCUGUACAUAGCAAAUGUGAAUAAAAGAAAAGCUAAUGGUGUAUUCUGUUUUUUUAAAUGACCUAUCAGAAAGUAGGAUGUAAUCCCCAACAUUAUUUUACUUUUCCCAAUUUUUUUUUUUUUUUUUUUUGGUACCGGGGAUCGAACUUGGGACCUUACACUUGCGAGGCAGGUGACGGAACCACUGAGCUAAAUCCCCGGCAACUUUUCCCAAUAUUGAAUGUUUUUAAAUUUGUUAAUGCUGAAACAAUUUCAGAAAGAUAUUCUUACUGUUAAAUGUGAUGCACUGAUCAAUUUUUGUUGCAGCAUUUCCAUACCCUCAUGGUAAAUUACUAGUCACUACUUCCAUGAAUAUUGUUUACAGAGUGAGACUUGGUUUAGUUCUCUUAAAUGCUGUAGCAAACUGUGGUUCGAGCAACCUGUGGGAAACCUGUGAGAGGGAAUGGGGUAGGGGAGGGGGAGGAAGGGAAGUCAGAUUGAUGACAGAUCCUAGACCAGUGUAAAGAACGUGUAUCUGUAUAUAAAUAAUUUAUCAAAUACUUUUUCUCUUUGUGUCUAUAUGUGUUAGUGUUUUUAAAGCUGCUCAUUUCAUUUUAUCCAAGCAAAAAGAAAAGGGAGAUAAUGAGCUUCUAGUGAUGUUCAAUAUUGCUGUUAAUAGGCAUUAUACCCUGCAAGUUCACUGCAUGUCUGAUGCUUGGUACAAUUAGAUUGUCCUGUUAACUGCAGAUUACAGGUAUUAAAGCAAUCUAUUGGUAUACCCGCCCCUUGCCUUAGUAAGAGGAGCAGUGAAAAUGUAUAUAGUUGAUGUUCAGUAUUUCCAAGUACUACCGUUUUUAUAUAGUAAUUUCUUUGAUCACAAGUCACCCAUAAAAAGAUUACCCUUAGUGUACCUGGGUGUUUUAAUAAUAGAAAAAUUGGCAUAUGUACUUUAUUUUUGAAAAGGAAGAGAUUAGUGUGGGUUGGCAAUAGCAUUAUGCCAUUUUGUCAUAGGUUGUAAAAAAUCGGUUAACUUCACAAAUGUCUGCUAGUUUUGACUAACAGUUGGGGGAAAUUCUAGAUAAUUUUUAAAUUCAAAGUUAUUUAUACAAUGCUAGGACUUGUUUUAAAUUUUUGUAUUUUGAGCCAGUUCACAUGAAGACUCAGUUGCAAUUUUUGUCUAAUACACUUUUAUCAACAUUUAAAAAGUGGUAGUUUUCUCAGAGUUUGGAUAAGAAUGUUGUUACCAUGUCUUUCUUUGUGGUACAAUAUUCUUUUCAGUGCAAAGAAAUGUCUCUCAAUUAAAUAGACAAAAAUACCCUAGAUGUAUAAUUACAUGGAAAACAUUUGCAAUGAAAAUGGUGUAGUACUAAUUAUUUCAUAGAACCACUUAAGUCUAUAACUCAGAAAUGGCCAGGUGGUGAGGAGCCACCUAUGCAGCAUUGUAUCAUCUGUUUAAUUACUUUGUAGGUUCUGAGUGUAGAAUCAGUUUAACUCAGCUUUACAGUUGUGGAGGAGGCAAACUUUCUCAGAAUAGUUCAUAUCAGCUUCAUUGGAUACUUUUAGCAAAUAGCAACUUAAUUCUCAGCUCUGAACAUGAAUUACUUCUUUGGAGUUUUUUUGUAGGAAUUUGAAAUAUUAAUAGGCAUAAAGCAACAUCAUUACACUUAAGCUAUGAAUGUUUUUAUUUUAUAUUUUAUUUAUAACUGUGCCAAGUAUUAUUUUGCUACUUACUGUGUUACUCUGUGGAAAGAAAAACCUGUAAAGUGUUUAAUAAUUAGUUCUCCUUACAUAAAUUAAAUGUCAAAAUUUUGUAAAAUAUUAAUCAGAAUAAAUAUUGACCUUUAAAUGUG